UACCGGGGUCCUCCGGUGGCCUACAUCCAGCAGGUGUUGGUGAAGGCGGCGGUGUCUCCGUGGGACAGCAGCCUGGUGCCGGUGGACGUGUUUCGGUCUCCGCUGAGUCGAGCCUUCAGACUGCUGGAGGAGAUCCGCAACCACGUGCACUCAGACGGCUCUGGGGUUCGCAGUCUGGAGUCGCUCUGUCUCCAGGUGACAGAUUUGUUUCCAGGGUUACGGCGGAUGCAGUCGGUGCUGCCGGAGCAUGGCUGUUUGCUCGUUUCCCCCGGCAACUACUGGCAGAACCAGCAGGAGCUGUUCGACUCGGACCCCGACCUCCUGAAGACGAUCCAGAAACACGAACCCAAAGGCCUCAGCACCUCGGCCACGCUGCGAGGUGAGGAAGAGGAGGAAGAGGAGGAGGGAGAUGCAUUACCCACAAUGCAUCUUAAUGCUGUUUUUUAAAAGGGUUUAAAAUCUUAUGCUCUUUGGGGU